GAUCCGGAUCCAUGCAAAGCCUUGGUUGUUGCAGAUAAAAGCUUAGAGGAACUAAUAGACCGGAACAUCAUUCGGCCAAUCGACCCAAGUAAGAACACAAAAGUAAAGACGUGCAAAGUCCAUAGCAUCAUGCACGAGUUCAUGCUACACAUGUCCAUGUCUACUAAGUUCAUCACAUCUCUUGGUGAUCCAAACAGAAGCAAUUACCGUCACCACUUUAUCGAUGGACGCACUGCCAAUUCAAGUAGCAGGGUAUCAGCGCAUGGAGGAAUAUCUGGUGAUGAGAAACUGCGUGCACAUUCUCUGACGAUCUGCGGGAGUGCAGGAGAAGCUGUUGUGGAUUUUGCAAAAUUUGAGUUGCUGCGAGUCUUGGAUGUAGAAGCAUGCAAGGAUCUGAAGGACGAUGAUAUGGAUGGCGUACACAAGCUGUGGCAUCUGAAAUAUCUGGGCCUCGGGGCUACCAAUCUACCAUUAGCCGCCUGCCAAGCAAAAUUGCAAAAAUGCAUUGCUUAGAGACGCUUGACAUGAGGAAGACCAAGAUAGAGAUAUUGCCGGUGAAAGUCAUAAAGCUGCCCCACCUAGUUCACCUGUUGGGAAAGUUCAAGCUUGGGAAGAGGGACUUGAAGAUGAGUGAACUAGGCAAGUUCUUACCGCCGAAAGAAAGCAAUUUACAGACUAUUGCAGGAUUUAUCACAGAUAACAACCCUGGAUUCCCCAUGCUAAUGGUUCGUAUGAAGAAGCUGAGAAAGGUUAAGAUAUGGUGCAAUGACGAUGAUAGUAAAAGCUUGGCUGAACUUUCGACAGGUAUCAAGAAGUUUGUUGAGCAUGAAUUGGACACGAGUAUUGGUGUACGAUCUCUAUCACUACAUCUUACGAAUUCUUCAGGAAACAUCGUGAAAUCACUAGAGAACUCUUUAGGCUAUCUCAGCUACCUGAAACUACACGGAGCACUAAGUGGACUGCCUCAGUUUGCUACAUCAUUGUGUGGUCUCACUGAGUUGUGCCUUGCAUCGACUAAUGAUCUGAUGAGCAAUGACAUAUCAAACCUACGCAGGUUGAUCCAUUUGGAGUACCUAAAACUGGUUAAGAUCAGCCUUGGAGGCUUCAGCAUCAGAAAACGAGAUUUCCCAAGACUGCUACGCCUAUGCCUUGCGCAAUGUCCGACCCUCCCUACAAUUGAAAAGGGAGCUUUGCGGAACCUCAUCUCACUUCAGCUUCUCAGUGAACAUCUAGGUGACCUAUCUAGCAUUGAAAUCAGAAGCCAUGAACACCUCCAGGAAAUCGGUCUAGAUUCUGAUAUCAAUCAAGAAGCAAAACUAGUUUGGGAAAAUGCAGCUAAGAACCAUCCAAAGAGGCCAAGAGUUUUGUAUUUUAAAAGAGUUGAUCCAGAUGAAAUGGGGUCCAUGGUGAAAUAUGUGGCUGCCAAGACACCAGCACCUGAGGCUGAGACCGUGUGCGUCAUGCAGGAGGAACGACAGGUCCCUGCAGCGCAACCGAUUUCAGUUGAAGAAUCCAGUUCUGCUUUGAAGGAUGCAGAUGUUGCAGGACCCUCUAUGAUGCCUUCAAGUAAGUUUCCCAGUGCAAUGAACAAUGUGAUGCCAUCUUCUUCAAGGCUGGUGUCCUGACUCCUGACUCUGUCCGGUUACAGC